CAGGGUUACAAAAAGAGCUGGACCAGUCAUUAAAGCAAGCUGUCGAGACAAGGUGGAAUACCAGACUAGCAAUGCUCCAGUCUGUUAAUGAUGCUCUGAGGUCUGUUAAGCUGCAUGAGAUCCUGCUCCGCAGAAACGAGCUGCGUUAUCUAAACAACAUAGAUUGCGAUCUGCUCGAGGACAUCAUCAAACUCCUGGAACCUUUUGAUGAGGCUACCAGACACCUCUCUACUGAGCAGACACCAACCCUUCACCUCGUUCUCCCGACCAAAGCGACUCUACUGAGGGGUCUGUCGAUCGUGGAAGGAGACAGUGUGGUUAUGAAAGAGCUGAAAGUGAAGUUAGCCCAGGCAGUGGAGUUGAAGUUCAAAAUCCACCAGUACCAUAAGCUAGCCACAGCUUUCUCACCUAGCUUAAGGAGUUUCUUGAGGAAAACUCUCCUUUGUCAGGAGUAUGAGGAGGUCAUCAACACCCUGGCAGCACUCACAGAAACAUCAGGGACAGAGGAGAGAGAGACAGGCUGUGUGGAGAAAUCGGGUUCAUCCCCAUCCAGCUCAUCCACAAAGACCACAGAGGUGCAUAACUUCUUUGCAAGUUGUGUCGUAGAGGAGGAGAGGGAGGAGGACAUUGGCACUAUGGAAUCAAAGGGUCGCCAGUUGGUCCUUGAGUAUAUGACUGACUCCAAGUGGACACGCUUUCAGUCUCUUCUUGACUUCUGGAAAGAGAGGUCAGAUGGGCUAGUGCCUGUUGCCAAGAGGCUGCUAGCAAUCCCAGCAACAAGUACACCUUCUGAACGUAGUUUCAGUGCAGCUGGAAGACUCAUUGAGGAGAGACGUUCCAACCUCAGUCCAGACAAUGUGGAUGCACUUUUGUUCCUGCAUAGCAACAUAUAAGGUUCCUGGACUCAUCCAAGAA